UAGAAGCAGAGAAAUAAUCUAGUUUUCCGACAUUCUGAAAUUAGAACGUUUUUUCGUUCAUAUGAGCCGCAGUGUCGCAUGCUCGUUGCUUUUGAAAUGGAGAAUACUUUCAUACAACAGAACACUAUCGUUUCAAUUAGUUAUUCUUUUUUUUUUGGCCUGCAAUGUACGAAUAAAUUCUCAACGUCAAAAUUUUAGGGAAAUAAAGUUCCCCUUCACUCCUAGAAAGUUUUGUAUCAAUCAAAGUUACCAUGGCUGACAAUCCCAAGAGUUUGUGGUCGAGGUUACUGGAGGGUAGAAGUGCAGACAACUUAUCAACUUCCGAAGGGUCGAAACGCGCCUGUCCGUUCAGCGCGAAAUCUUGUGUCACGGCGCAAAGCGAAGCCGUUGCAAGUUCCUUAACUCAAAACUCUCCGAAAAAUCGAUCACCGCAUUGCCAUGCAGGUUGUCCGGAGCCCAGAAGACCUCUACGACCCGAAGAGUUUUGCCCUGAUAUUGGAAAGCCAAAGGUUCCACCGACGCCGCCAUGUUGUUUCAUUCCAAUGCAGGAUCCCUGUGCACCUUGCUGCUGUCCUCCGCCGGAUAAUUGCGACGACGAGUGUCGUCCUGGACCAUUGAGGGAUCCGAUUUGCGGCUGCGAUUUAUGCAAGAAAAAAUUAUGUCCAGAUGGAAAAUGUUGCGGGCCUAACGAACCGAGCUGUCGGAAAGCAAUACUUGCACCUGCAGCUGCAUCGAGACGUAAGUCGUGCGAUUCUGGGUCGCAAACUUGUUCGUCGGAAUAUUCUGAAAAACUGUCAGAAAAAAUAUUUAGAAAAUUUGAAAACCAAACGCAAUCUCAUGGACAGUGCGAGUCGAUAGGCGAAGAACGAUGCAAAGGGGAUGAAGUCUCGCUUUUAGAAUUGAUCAAAGAACCUCUGGAUCGACUUCUCUGCACACCGAUCAAGAUACCGAUUCUGCAUAUCGAGUGGCGCUCCGUCAGGCGCCCUGCGAGGUCCGAAAAUUCCGACGCAUCCUCGACGUUUAAUCCAGAUGCACAGAGAAAAUGUUGUCGUUCUAGUCGUCGUUCGUCUGACAAUAACAAAAGUAUUUCACAAGUACGCUGUUCUUAUCCGAACAUUUUACCCGAGUCAUGUGAAAGCGGAUCGCAAAAAUUUCAAGGAGACAAUAUUCUUUCCAAUGAAACUAAACCGAACUGCGAAUGCGGAGACUGUAAGGUCGGAAAAAUUGUCGAGGAAUAUUGGGAUUACAAUGAAUUUAAAGAACGAACCAAAGGCGAUGACAAAAACUUCACCAAGAAUUCACACCCCGAGGGUUGCGACUGCAAACCAUGUAGGAUACGCCGCACUUUGGAAGAACCUAUCUAAAUUAAAUGGAGGUCAAUAAAUCAAAAUUGUAUGUUUACACCACCGGAAGAGAAAUUUGGAGUUUUUUUUUUACUCCAGAGUAAUCCAAACAUUUAUUACGAAUAGUUUCAGCGUCGGCACUUUUGUUUUUUUUACCGCUAGUCAUUCAUUUUCUGUUUUUAAGGAUGGCUGUUUGAAAAUUAAUGUGUAAUGACAACUUGCAAAAAAUUCAUGUUUUGCUGUAACUUACAGUAAAAAACAAAGAUUUCUUUCGAACUUCAAUUCGAAUAUCCCGAUCCCUUUGGAAAAAAGAUCAUCUCUAGCGUCUCAAGAACGGGUCGUCCUUCGGGAAAAAUAAUUUCGAAAACCUUAUGCGAUGGCUUGGUAUUGAAAGCUAAAUAUUUAGGCGAGAAAGUUGAAAUCCAAAC